CGAAUCGAAAACGCCCGCCUCAAGGACGAACUCGAACGGGUUUGUUCUCUCGCGGGCAAGUUCAUGGGUCGGCCCGUUUCCUCAAUGGGUCAUACGAUGCCCAAUUCGAGCUUGGAGCUCGGAGUCGGGGGUAUAAACGUAAUUUCCUCCGAUUUCGGAAUUUCGAGCCCUAUCCCUAUGCUACCUCCCCAUAAAUCAAUUACAAUGAGUAAUGUAGCAACGAACAAUAAUAAUAAUAACGAGAGAUCGUUCGAGAGGUCAAUGUAUUUGGAGCUAGCUUUGGCUGCGAUGGAUGAAUUAGUGAAAUUGGCGCAAACCGACGAGCCACUUUGGAUUAGGGGUUUCGAAGGCGGGAAGGAGAUACUUAACCAUGAGGAGUUUUCGAGAACUUGUGCUCCUUGCAUUAUCGGAAUGAAGCCCAAUGGAUUCGUCACCGAGGCUUCUAGAGAAACGGGCAUGGUUAUUAUCAACGGUUUGGCCCUAGUCGAGACGCUAAUGGACUCGAACAAAUGGGCAGAAAUGUUUCCUUGUAUAGUUGCAAGAACAUCAACUACAGAAGUGAUAUCAAGUGGUAUGGGAGGUACAAGAAAUGGUGCACUUCACUUGAUGAAUGCUGCACUACAAGUUCUAUCGCCAUUAGUUCCGGUUCGAGAGCUCAAUUUUCUCCGGUUCUGCAAACAACACGCCGAAGGCGUGUGGGCCGUAGUCGACUUGUCGAUCGAAAGUUUGGGGGGCCCGCCUUUUCCAACCUGCCGGAGGCUCCCUUCCGGCUGUGUUGUUCAAGAUAUGCCUAAUGGCUAUUCCAAGGUUACUUGGGUGGAACAUAUUGAAUACGAUGAGAGUGUGAUCCACCAGCUCUACCGGCCGUUAAUCAGCUCCGGCAUGGGCUUCGGGGCCCACCGGUGGGUCGCCACCCUCCAACGCCAGUGCGAAUGUCUUGCCAUUCUUAUGUCUUCCACCUCCCCGGCGACAGAUCAUCACACCGGUAAAAAAAAAAAUUACGGAAAACCCGACAUCCGCUAUUUUUCUUCCGACACGUUUCGAAAACUAAAACUAAUUUUAAUUCAUUCACAAUUUGCAGCGAUAACCGCCGGCGGGCGGAGGAGCAUGUUGAAGUUGGCUCAGAGAAUGACGAACAACUUCUGCGCGGGGGUGUGCGCCUCCUCCGUGCACAAAUGGAACAAACUGAGAACGGAGAAUGUGGACGACGACGUUCAGGUGAUGACGCGGAAGAGCGUCGACGACCCAGGGGAGCCGCCGGGGAUUGUGCUGAGCGCCGCCACCUCCGUGUGGCUGCCGGUGACCCCACAGAGGGUUUUCGAUUUCCUCCGCGACGAGCGUUUGAGGAGCGAGUGGGACAUACUCUCCAACGGCGGCCCUAUGCAGGAAAUGGCUCAUAUCGCCAAAGGCCAAGAUCACGGCAACUGCGUUUCCCUCCUACGCGCCGGCGCCGUGAACUCGAGCCAGAGCAGCAUGCUGAUACUCCAGGAGACGUGCAUCGACGCGGCGGGGGCGCUUGUGGUUUACGCGCCUGUCGACAUCCCCGCCAUGCACCUGGUGAUGAACGGCGGGGAUUCGGCUUACGUGGCGCUUCUUCCGUCUGGAUUCUCGAUCAUGCCAGAUGGGACGGGCGGGGGCGGGCCCGUUUCCGGAGACGGGUCGGGCGGAAAUGGCGGGUCGGGUCACGGCGGUGGCGGGUCGCUACUGACGGUGGGGUUUCAGAUCUUGGUGAACAGCCUCCCUACGGCGAAGCUCACCGUAGAGUCCGUGGAGACGGUCAAUAAUCUCAUCUCGUGCACCGUUCAGAAAAUCAGGGCCGCUCUCCAUUGCGACAACUGAUUGUGGGUCCCGCA